AAUUUGCUCCGCGUUUUCGCAAUUUUAACCGAUUAUCACUCCAACUAAGCAGCCGUUGGGCCAUGUGCCAAUAAGUUGACAGCAAUAAGUUGCAACCGAAACCAAAGUAAUCCCAAAUCUGGUUUGCUUUUAAUCCAUAGACAUUUUAAAUCAUGGACAAUUCUGGAAAUAACCGCUAUGAGCUGUUGUUCAUGGACGACGAUGACUCCUCAGCGCCAGUAAAGACACAGAUUCCCGCCGUAGUCGCGCCGGCCAAGAAGGCGGAGGCGGCUCCAAAGGCCCCGAAGAGCAAGCCGGAGAAGGAGAACAAGCCGGUAGCGUCGGCCCGCAAGGCGAACAAUCCGGCGGCAAAGAAUGCAAGCCCCGUGAAGGGCGGAAAAGUGCCGGCUGGCGGGGAAUCUGGUCGCACUAGGAAUCCGGCCGCAAACGGGGCAAACAACCAAGGCAGGUUCAACAACAACAACAAUCAGCGCUACGGAAACAAGGAAUCAACUGGGGAAUUUGGCAACGAGCUGCCGCAGCGCCAUUUCAAUAAUCGUGAUAACAGGGGUCCACCACGCGCCCGCACCGGCGAGAAAUUCGGAAAGCGGGAGUUCGAUCGCCAGUCUGGAUCCGAUAAAACCGGUGUCAAGUCAAUUGAUAAGCGCGAAGGCGGUGGUGCCCACAACUGGGGCUCGCCAAAGCAGGACAUCGAGGACCUGAAGACCGGGGAGUCGUCACCGCAGGCGGAAAAAGAGGACUCUGCGAACGAGCAGUCGGCCGAUCCCGCAGCCAUCGCCGAGGAGGACGAGUCCAAGCAGAUGACCCUCGACGAGUGGAAGGCCCUGAGGGAGCAGCGUGCCAAGCCCAACUGGAACUUGCGCAAGGCCGGCGAAGGAGCCGUCGACAACGCCGAGUGGAAGAAGAUGAUCGUUCUGAGCAAGAAGAAGGAGAGCAACAGCGAGGACGAGCUGGAGUACGAUCCUUCGCUGUAUCCUCAGCGAGUGGGCCGCCUGCAGCGCAUCGUGGACAUCCAGUUUAACUUCAAUGACGGACGUAAGGGUGGAUUCCGCAAGGGACCUCGUCCAGGAGCCGGUCCUCGUGGCGAAGGAUUCCGCGGAGAGGGUGGCUACCGUAACGAUGGUCCUCGCGGAGAGGGUGGCUAUCGCAACGAUGGUCCUCGCGGGGAGGGUGGCUAUCGCAACGAUGCUCCUCGCGGAGAGGGCAACCGCAAUGAGGGACCCCGUGGAGAAGGUGGCUACCGCAACGACGGACCGCGCGGUGAGGGCUUCCGUGGUCAGCGCUUCAACAACGGUGCCAGCAACGGUUACGAGAACAGACAGGAGAACAACAACAGAUUCGGCGGGGAGAAACGACGCUCCACCCAGAAGCCCCUGAAGGUCGACGAUGAAGCUCAAUUCCCCACUCUGUGCUAGGGAGCAGAGGACAACAAUAAGGUUUAACAAUUUCACGUAUUACAUUAUUAGUAAGCAGCUCCUUCGGUUAACGAAUAACCAUUAGAUUUUCGGGCGCAAUCUAUGAAGCUUGACGACCGAUUAACAAACGAAAACAAAUCAGCCACGCUUAUCCAUAUUCCUUAGUUGUAAACAAAAAUUUUUGAAUUUUUUCACUCUCAUCAUUUACGCAUUUAAAAUAACUAUUACAAAUAGUUGGAAUGUUGAAAUAAAUUUACAUCAUUUAUAAACCAAGGAA